GAUUUCUGUUCUGCCUUCUGCCGACUGAUGAAAAUAAAUUGGAACUGAACCAGUUUUCAUUAAUAGGCUGCCAAUUAUUAAAUUAAAUCGUUCUUGAAAGGUUAUAAAAACUUCUAGAUCGGUGUUUUGUAAUACUGAUCUCUGCUAUCAUUUCCUAGUUUUUGUAACAAAUAUUGAGCAACUUGACAGUUGCUUGUUGAUCGGUUUUUUGAAGAGGUUACCUACUUUUAUUUAAGAAUGAUGUUCAGAAUCUAUUCUUCUCUUCAGAGAAGUGCUUCAACAGCAGUGAAAGAGGCCAAACGUUUUUUAUUCCGAUGGUGCCAAACUGGUUACAGUUACCACAGAUGAUAAGACUGGAGUGAGCACACUUUCCCUCAACCGCCCACCUGUCAAUGGACUCAAUUUUAGAUCUACUUCAAAGCAUUUCAACUGCUCUCACCACUCUUGAAAAGAGUAAAUGCAGGGGAAUGAUCCUCACAUCGGAUAAUCCGAGUGUGUUCAGCGCAGGACUUGAUAUUCUAGAAAUGUACAAGCCCGACCCAACUAGAGUAAAAGACUUCUGGACCACGCUUCAGGAUACAUGGAUCAAGCUUUACACCACCAGCUUUCCCACUGUGGCUGUUAUCAAUGGUCAUAGCCCUGCCGGUGGAUGCUUAUUAGCACUUAGCUGUGAAUACAGAAUUAUUGUCGGACCAAAGAAUACAAUUGGCCUCAAUGAAACGAAACUUGGAAUCAUUGCACCAAGAUGGUUUCAGGACAGCAUGCGUAACGUGAUAGGCGAACGACAGGCUGAGCUGGCCUUGACCACUGGCAAGAUGUUCACAGCUGACGAGGCUCUCAAGGUCAAUCUGGUCGAUGAAGUUGUCGCAUCCAAGGACGAGGCAACUGGUCGAGCGAUCGCCUUCCUCUCACAGUUCGCCAAAAUACCUCCACUGCCAAGAAAAAUGACAAAACUGGAGUUUCGCGAGGCAACCGUCAACUGGCUUGUCAACAACAAGGAGAAAGAUUUGCAGAUUUUCCUCAGCUACAUCAACCAGCCCAAAGUCCAGGAGGGACUUGGCAUGUACUUAGAAUCUCUGAAGAAAAAGUCGGCCAAGUGAGCAACUUGAAGUUUAAGAACUUAGUGCUUAAUUAUAAGCGCAACUAAUUAACUUGAUUAUGAGCAAUUGGAAUGAGUUCAAUAUCAAGUCUCAAUGAAACUUGACAAUAAUUGAAGCAUAAAACCUGAAAGCAAACGAGAUAAAACUACAGUUAAUCUUGAACAAUAUCACCUCGUAAAUCGGUUCAAAAACGUACAGAACCAGGAACAUUUGAAAAAAUAACUGUAUACGUUGUUCUAUCAUACUUUUUCUUUCGAAGGGAACUGAAUUUGAUAAUUCAUUACUUUCUACAUAUUUAUUUUUCUUUGGAAGAUAACUAGCUUUUCAAAUGCAUGUCAGCGUUCAAACAAGUAGGUACUAUAAUCUUUAUUGUAAGUCUUUCUUGGAGCAUAUUGUUUCAGAUUAUAAAUGUGUUGAAUAUCAUUGGAUUUCAAGGUUUCUGUCUUCUUUAUUUCAAAUAGUUAUUUAUGUAUACAAUAUUACAAAUGAUAUUGCUGUAUGACUGUUACAGAAUUUUUAUAACGCACACACAUGAUGAAAACUUCUAGUUCAUAGCUUUAUAAAGUGUGACAUGAAUUUAUUGAAUCAUAAAUAUUUGAAAUUAUAUUGCCAUUAUAAUCUAGAGUGUAUACUACUGAAAAUAUUUAUAUUUUUAUACGAUUUAUAAAAUUGUAUUGGCAUAUUUUUAUAGAAAUAAAGUGUAUUCAUGUACUCAAACUUACUUUUAUCCUAUUUUUAAAAUUCACUUUUUAGAUUCGUAUCUGGAAUAAAAUAAAUCUCAAUUUUACUCUUAUUUCUUAAUCUACAAAUUAUUCAUUUCACUUCUUAUUUUAACUUAUCUCUUUAUUGUAAUUAGUAAAUGUGUCAUUCUAUUACUAUAAAUGCACAAGUUUUAAAAUAAAAUCUCUAUCUGAUAAAUUGAUUCUGACAUUUUAUCAUUACUUGAAUAUUGUUUUUACUUAGUAUUUCCGUAAAUUAUUUGUUGUACGUUCCCCAAGGUAUUUUGUUAUAUUGUAUUUUGUUUUCAAUAAAUGGAUUAUCAACUUGUUAUGA